AUGGUUGAAGAAAUGUUACUGGACAAAUUUUUGACAUCAUUGCUGAAGCAUAAUAUAUCUUACACUAUCAUGAUUAAGGAUGUUGAAAAGAAAAUAAUCAAAUUGCAAGAAUCGGCGCAAAGUCGCCCUAAAUCGCAUUGGCUUCGUGACGAACCAUUUCUGAGGCGACAAGUUUAUUUGAACUUGGCAAAGUACCAUUCCUAUGAUCGUAUUAUUAAUUACCUCAGUAAGCUAUCAGAAGUAUUUGCUGAUCGUGCAAGAGCAAUUUCAAUUGGUACAACUCAUGAAGGACGAAAAAUUGCGUUAAUCAAAAUUGGGAAGCCAGCAAAAUUUCAAAAGCCCGGUAUUUGGAUUGAUGGUGGUAUCCACGCUCGUGAAUGGAUUUCACCUGCAGCAGUACUGUACAUGAUCAGCCAAUUAGUAACAAAAUAUGAUUCUGACCCGCAAAUUCGGAGAUUCGUGGAUGAAAUGGAUUGGUACAUCGUACCACUGCUUAAUCCCGAUGGUUACGAAUAUAGUCGCAGCAGCACUCAUCCAGAAGUUAGGUUGUGGCGUAAAAAUCGGUCUCCUUCAAUCUGUCAGUUCUCACGUCACGGGCAUUUUUCAAUACCACAACGAAGAUGCUGUCAAGGUGUCGACUUGAAUCGUAACUAUGACUGGCAGUUUGGUGCUGAAGGCUCGUCAAAGAAUCCUUGCUCAGAAGUUUAUCAAGGUCCUUACGCAUUUAGCGAACCAGAAACUCGUGCGGUGCAUGAUUUCAUUGCUAAAAGACGUCACAAAGUGAAAACAUUUUUGACAUUUCAUAGUUAUUCGCAGAUUUUAAUGUACCCAUAUGGACAUCGCGUAAGAACAUACACGUCUGAUGUUGGCGAUUUGAGAAACACCGCACUUCAAGCUGCCAAUGCUUUACGCGCUGCAUAUGGUACAAUAUAUUCGGUCGGUACCGGAGCAGAUACUUUGUAUCCAGCUUCUGGUGGUGCAGAAGACUGGGCCAAAGGUCGAAUGGGAGUGAAAUAUUCGUACUUAUUUGAAUUGCGUCCAGAAGAACAAGUUUGGGAUGGUUUCUUACUGGAUGAAAGUCAGGUAACAAUAAAAGAAAGUAAAAUCUUUAAAGACUUCGAUACAUUUAUAAAUUUUGUAUACCAGAUACUACCAACUUCACGUGAAACAUUCGAAGCAGUAAAAGUGAUCGCAGAUCAUACACUAAAAAUGUUCUCAUCUCAAAGUCUGACUACUGUUCAGACAAAAGAUUCAAUUACAGGGGUAUGAAC